AUGGCGGAUUCCCCUCCGGAACAGCCCCUCAUCCACACCAGCGAAGGCGGAGGUGAAGACGCAUGGAACGUCGGCGAAGCUGCAGCCUUCCUUGUCGACGUCUCACAGAGUACCAAAUAUGCUUCUCCGACUCCCCCACCUAUCCAAGCCUCCCAAACCUCCCAAGCUUCUGCCGCAGGCCACAAAUUACGCAAGAAGGGAGCUGGAACUGGCGCCUGGAAUACGCCCAUCACUCGCACGGAGACCAGCGCGCAGACGUUCGGGUUCGAAGACAAGACCGCCAAGAGUCGGAAUCUGCGCCUCGGUGAAGAGAUGAAAGGUCGCAUGUUAGGGCCAAUGCCCGUAGAGGAAUUCCUACGGGAGUUCCUCUCCGCCGACACGAUCUCGUUCAAGGAUAUGCCCUCGCCCAAGAGCGCGUUCAGCCGUGUUCCGAAGAAAUCGGACAAGAUUACGAAGGAAACCGACAUAUAUGCUCCACUGAUCAAAGCACUUAAUGCCGACACAACUCCUGGCCACGAGCGAGGCUCUCGCUGCCCCGGUUUCACCUUUCGCGACACGUCGAACCACCCAGACACGUCGGGUGGCGUCAUUGGCGGCAAGAAGCCCGAUGUAUGCUGCUACAAGGACGAUCAUCUCGAAGCAGUCAAGGCGAGCGAUAGCGAAACUUCGCUGCGGUCCCGGACUGACAUGGGCCUUGUCGCGACCUUCUUCGAGAUCAAGUUGCGUAAGGAGUCAGAUUUCUUCUGUGAUCCUCAUUGGAAGACGGCGGAUGACACACUCCGCAAGCGUUCCUUCGUGUUUGGAGACUCAGCUGCAGCAGACCUUCCCGAGUUACAGGAGAGUUUCGGACAAAACGUGGCGUACGCUUCCGAGGUCGGCAUGCGACAAUUUCGUCAGUGCGUAUACUCGCUCAGCAUGGCCGGUACGCGCGUGCGCCUGAUACGAUGGGACCGUGCCGGCGCCGUCGUUUCAAAAGGCUUCGACAUCCACAAGAACCCAGAGCACCUGUGCAGAUUCCUCUGGUGCUUCUCCCACGUCUCAGACUCCGAGCGCGGCUACGAUUUGACCGUUGAGCCCGCUACGGCCGAGGACGCCAAUUUGUUCGAAUCCCUCAUCAAGGAGCACAUCAAGAAACAACUUCCUCUAGCCUCUUCCGAUGACUUGGAAAAAGCCCUCAAAGAACACUACUCCGUCUCUUGUGUCACUUCCGUCUCCGUUCGUCGAAAGUCCGAUGAAGGCCUGUCCUAUCAGUACCUUGUCUCCCGGCCGAUCGUCGCACCCAUUUCCCAGGCUGGCCGCGCUACCCGGACGUAUUGGGCAGUCGAUCGCGCGGCGAGGAAGGUCGUCUUCCUGAAGGACACCUGGAGGCAGACCUCGGACAAGACCGAGGGUUCGAUUAUGAAAGACUUGCAAUCUCGCAACGUUCCGAACAUCCCUCCUGUUGAAUACGAGGGCGACGUGCCAUCGGUCCUCAUUACAAGGGACGCUGAAGACGACAUCAUUUACAUCGACGACGGCUGCCGGCAAACGACAAGGACGCAAAAGUUUCUAAGCGCGUCAUGGGUAUGCGGCGACCCGAAGGUGCUCAGUGCUGUGAUUUUUCGCCGGAUACGAUACCGCCUAGUCCUGCAGUUCGCCGGGUACCCUCUCACAAAGUUCAGAGGAACGGAUGAGCUGCUCCAUGGCGUACACGACGCCUUUAUUGCUCUACACGAUGCAUAUGGUAUCACUAAUCGUCUUCAUUGCGACAUAACGCCGGGGAACAUCAUCCUGUAUCAUGACGGUUCACCGCCCACCGGUUCACCGCCCACUGAGGAGCCGCGCAAGGGCUACCUCGUUGACUGGGAGCUAUCGUUCGACCCCUCCGCAAAAAGAGAAAAGACUCGCCGCCGCGAUGCAUCGAUGUAUUGGCAGUUCGCUUCUCUCGACAUACUCGAAAAGGAGGACGCACCGCACACGAUACAAGACGACAUGGAGUCCAUAUACUAUGUCGUCUUGUAUUGUGCACUCCUUUACCUCCCACACCUCAUCGAAGUGAACGAACUCCUUCGUCUGCUUGGCUUGAUAUUCGAUUUCAGCACCAUCAAGAAUGGAACACGUGCGGGUGGUGGCAUGGUCAAAUCCGCGGAUCUUCGUGAGGGCGCAUACACGGGGUCCCUUCCUUGGACUGAGGGCAGCAGGCCGAUCAGGAAAUGGCUGGAAUUCGUUCGAGGCGAAAUCAACCUGCACCGCUAUAACCCCCCGAAACCUCCAGCCCCCGCCGUUCACGCCGACGGCUGGACCCCGGCUUCUUUCAAAACGUUCUGGGAUGCCUUCUUCACUAAAUACGGCUCGAAUCUUCCCCGCGAGGACCGCACAGACCACAUCAAAGCGAACGGCGCUCGCUUCGCAAAGACAGCGCCCCGUGGCGCGCUAGGAAUCGCGUUCCAGCCCACUAUACCCUGCGCCUACAGCCCCUACGAUGCUUCCACGACGGAUUUGACAUCUGCGACGGCAGCACCGCACGCAAGCAGCUCCACUGCGGACCCAACUUUAGAGCUAUGGCGCGCACCACGCGACCCUACCGGACGAGUCUCACCACCAUCGCCGGACGUUGGACCUUGGCUUGCGGUGGCAGACACUCCUGGUUCGACCACCCCGGUUCCCCAAACGCCGGGGGCGACUGUUGGACUAUCCGGCCCCGUCCACAACUUAACGAUCCAUCCGCCCGCUAAGAUCGAAGGCCUAUACACGCCGUUUCUCUUCGAUGGACCCUAUCCCCCGCCUGAUACCUCCACCAACGACGCUCAAGGUGGGACGAAGUCCAAGGGCAAGUCGACCUCCGUCGACGCUAGGCCCACCAAAAAGCCCCGACGCUCCACUAGCAAAUCUUAG